AUGGACGUGAAACUUCUGUCUUCAAAGCUUGGUCCUGCUAUUGAAGACUCGCUGGUGCUUUCAGAAUGGAACUCCAUGUUGAAAAUAUUCGCCCUGUCUUCUGAGGACCUGUUAUACAAAUGGGAGUCUUAUGUUGUUUACCUUGAUAAUAACGAUUUGGAAUUCAAUAUUGACACACUGAAAUCAUUCCAACAACAUCUGCAAAAUGAAUUGGAAGAGAAAUCCAGAAAACAACAGCAGCAGCAGCAAAACGGACAUACUCCGUCUUCUGCUUCACGACCAACUCCUUCACGUCUGAAUGGAACUUCUGAUAUCCUCACAUCCAUGCUGACUCCUGGUAGUGGGGGCUCUAUAUCCAGAAAGAGAAAGGCUGUGUUACCAAUGCAGACCCCUUCUCGUAUCAAACAACGAUCCAAUGCUCCUUUAUCUUCGUCGCCGAUUCCAAGUGACCAGCUUAGCUCCCCUAUGAGAGGCACUGGUGGUAUGAGCAUGCUUCAGACCCCUGAUCGCUCGCUAUCUCAACCUAUAAUUUCUCGUGGAAUUGUCGAAACUUUAAAUGGCAACAUCACAAAACUGCCCUUUCCUGAGGGAUCAAGUGAAAACCGCGUGAAACUUGCUGUCAACGUGAAUCUUAAAAAAUUCAACUAUCGUACUAUGUACCAGAAACUUGGUGAUGCGUCUGAAAUUUUAGAUCUUCAAAUCGAAGAUGCUGUCAGCUGGGUCAAACAAGCUUAUGAUUAUGAUGAUAAAUUAUUUGGUAAUCCAGCAUACAUCUCGCAGGAUGAUAUUAUUGCUGUUGGCAGAAUUGUUCCUGAUUCGCCAGGUGAGGACAAAAUAAACAUCAAAUCUAUGAUGCUGGAAUCCAGUAGGCGGCUCUCAUCAGGUAUGAGAAUCCAGUUGAAUUUUGAUGCCAUUGAGGGUCAAGGUGCGGUGCAAUCGUUUUUCCCAGGCCAAAUUGUUGCUUUUAGUGGGUCAAAUGCCAAUGGUAGAUAUUUCGCUGUUAAGAAAAUAUUAGACCUACCACUGUUACCAGGCACAGCUACUGCAAAGAGUGAACUUUUUGACCAUGUUCAAAGACAGGAUAAUGGCCCAAUCCAGGUAUUUGCAGCGUCCGGUCCAUUCACGGGGCGAAACAAUCUAGAUUUUGAACCUCUGGUAAGGUUCAUCGAUUAUGUGAAUGAGCAGACACAUAAACCAGAUACGGUAAUUCUUAGUGGGCCAUUUCUUGACAUUAACCACCCUCUUGUUCAAUCUGGCUCAUUUACUAUUCCUGAAUCAUAUGAUAAAUCUCCAGACACCUUUACACUUGACGAUAUUUUCAAAGCAUAUAUCAAACCGAUUUUGACAUCGAUUGACCCAUCUAUCCAAGUAAUUAUUAUUCCAAGUGUCAAAGAUGUUAUCUCCAACCAUACAGCAUUCCCACAACGACCUCUUGAUCGUAAAGCUCUUGAGUUACCAAAGAAUUUCAAGUGUCUUUCAAACCCAGCAACCUUCCAAUUGAACGAAGUUGUUUUCACUGCUUCGACUACUGACUCUAUUGCUGAUAUCGUCUCAAACUUAGUUGUUAUCAACGGUGAUGACAAUACCAAUAAAAUCACAAUGGCCAUGGAACAUGUCAUCAGACAACGUAGGGUGUACCCAAUAUUCCCAGCUGCCAAGGGGAGAGAUGGUCAAAUUACUACAGGACUGGAUGUGCCAUACCUUGGCCUUGCGUCUAUUUAUGAAGGUAAUCCUGACAUUAUAAUCACGCCUUCUAUGCUCAAGCACACGGCACAAAUUGUGAAUAAUGUCGUAGCCAUCAAUCCUGGCCAAUUGGCAAAGGGAAGCACAGGAACAUUUGCAAGUAUCACUGUUAAUCCCUUGUCAACUAGUGAUGACGGUGAUGAAGACGAGGCAGUGACUAAUAGAGUCUGGGAGAGGGCCAGAGUAGAUAUCAUCAAUAUUUAA